AUGUCUUUUUCCUUUGGCUUCGCCGGCGACGACAUCUCAGAUGAUGAGACGGCGCCUGUUGCCCCCAAGCCAGCCCCGGCUCCGGCUGCAAGCGCAUUUCCAGUCCCGGGAAAACCUCAACUCCCGCCGACUCACCACCAGCUCGCUGAUCUGCUGGCCCAGCUGCCGUCCAAGAUCGCCUAUAGCUUACUAGACGUAACGCUAGAUGAUGGAACUGCGAUCCAGCUGCCGCGGAGAGAGCUGUGGGAUGUCAGGGUGCAGCUGAUGGCCGAGGAGGAGGAUGUCGCAGGUGCGCAGUCGGAGGGAUUGGGCAACCAUGAUGUGAAGACGGGUGUCUAUGAGGGCGGCUUCAAGAGUUGGGAAAGCAGUGUCGAUCUCGUCAAGGUCCUGGCGGCAAAGAAUGCCAUCUCGACCUUGGAGCAAAUGCCCUUGCGGGUGAUGGAGCUGGGAUGCGGUACCGCGUUGCCAUCACUAGCCCUCUUUCAAUGGGCCAUGGGUUCCAAGUCAGAGAAGAAGCCACUGUCUCUCAUUCUAGCAGACUACAACCCCUCAGUCCUCCAGCUCGUCACCCUUCCCAACUUUAUCCUCUCUUGGGCACUCAACAACGCACAGCUACCAGCUCUCCAAGAAGCUUUCUCCAUUGAAGGUGAAGUUGAGCUUGGCCCUGAAGUUCUCGCGGCAUUCCAGCAGUCUCUCCUCGAGUCGAAUGUGUCUCUAUCCUUCAUCUCAGGAGCCUGGUCACAGGAGUUUGUGGACUUGCUCUACGCUCUGCCCACAGGGAAUGCCCAGCCCAGUAGUACACUUAUCCUUGGUGCGGAAACAAUCUACUCUCCCUUCGCACUUCAAGCGUUCCUCGAGACUAUUUUUGUCAUCCUCGAGAAGGAGCGUGACACUGCUGGUAGCCAGGCUGGCGCAUUUGUUGCUGCCAAGCGGUUGUACUUUGGCGUUGGUGGCUCGCUGGACGACUUUGUUGACAAAGCUCGAGAGAAGGGGGCUCAAGUCGAUCAGCUCCGAGAGGAAACAGAGGGUGUAAGGCGUGGCGUCGUUGAGUGUGUCCUUAGGCCUUCAUAG